UAUUUUCUUUUGUUGAACUAAAAAUGUUGUUUGAUUUCUGCAUUUGUCCAUAGAUUCAGUUUGUGAUGAGCAAUGCGGGUUAUUGUGAUUCUUGAAUUCAAUUUUUUUGUUUUCUUGUGUAGUUGGCCUUUUCUUGUUUUUUCUCCAUAAUUUGUCACAGAUGUCGGUCAGAUUUCUGUAAUCUUUUUCCUGGAUAUAAGGUGCAUGUACUGACAGGGGCAUUCUUCAUUGAAAUUUGUGGGUUAGGAAUUGUUAUGGACAAUACCUAUUGUUUUCUCCAAUUUGAAAUCUUCUCUCAAAAUUUUUAAAUCCAAAACUUUAAAACUAAGCCCUAAGAUUGAAAAUUUUGGGUGUGGUUCUGCUUUUAGACUCAAUACUGUUUCUCUAUAGUGUGUUAGUGACCUAAUCUUAAUUGUGGCUGGUGGAUUGUUAGAGGUAGUCUAUCAGGGUCGAUAUUAUACAAUCUUUCGCUAUUACCAUUACUAUGUUCUGAUGGGCUGCUUUCACUCAAAAUCGACACUUCAUUACACACCCGGAUAUGAGGAGCCCACUGUGCUUGCUGCUGAGACACCUUUUACAGUUAGUGAAGUCGAAGCAUUAUAUGAGUUGUUCAAAAGAAUAAGCAGCUGCAUUAUUGAUGAUGGGCUCAUUCAUAAGGAAGAGUUUCAGCUAGCACUCUUCAGGAACCAAAAAAUGGAAAAUCUGUUUGCAGAUAGGAUAUUUGAUCUUUUUGAUAUUAAGCGCAAUGGAGUGAUUGAGUUCGGGGAAUUUGUCCGAUCACUGGGUAUCUUCCACCCAAAUGCGCCAGUAGCUGAUAAAAUGUCAUUUGCAUUCAGAUUAUAUGAUCUAAGGCACACUGGUUAUAUCGAGAGAGAAGAGUUGAAAGAGAUGGUAUUGGCGCUGCUGCAUGAAUCAGACUUGGGUCUUUCAGAUGACGUAGUUGAGAUUAUUGUAGAUGAGACGUUUAGCGAUGCCGAUACAAAGGGUGAUGGGAGGAUAGAUUCAGAAGAGUGGAAGGAAUUUGUUUCAAGAAAUCCUUCUCUUCUAAAGAAUAUGACACUUCCCUAUCUGAUGGAUAUAACUUUAGCAUUCCCCAACUUUGUGGUAAGCUCUGAGGUUGAUGAUUCAGAAAUUUAGACUUGUGCGCGUAAAUACAAGUCUUUGAAGGUCAUGUUAAAUAGCCUCUUCCACACCGGUGUUUGGAUGAUCCAAUUCAAUACAGUGCAAAGGAGUGCCAUAAUCAGAAGAAUAUCAGGUUUUAUAUUGAUUAUUUGAGAUUCACCAAACAAGAUUGAGUUGCUAAAGCAAGAGCUAUCCAAUGUGAUAAAAAGGACAGUAUUUAAGGGGCAAAUCAUGGCUUCUCGGAAUGUUCCCAUUUGGUUAGACUUUUUCAUGAUCAGGCUAGGCUGCUUUUUAAAAAAAAAAUAACAGGGGAUUGUCCAUAUUGUAGUUAGUAUAAGUUAUUCCAGACCCUUCUUUCUUCCUUUUGUAUUCCAGCUUGUAGGCUAGACUUUUGACAGUGGUUGCUGAUUUCUUCUUUAAUCCAAUGAUAUAUCAAUUUGAUUUAACAUCAUUUACUAUUCAUAUA